GUUUAAAGAAAACCACAUUUUCCUCAACUCUCCUUCUCUCUGUAAUGUAAUAGGUCAUUCCUUCAAUUACCAAAAACCUUCUUUAAAUCCCGAGUGCGCGAUUCAAACGGCGCCGAAUAAUUCAAUUCAAUGUCGAAAUGGACGAGGGACGAGGACAAGCUAUUCGAACACGCCCUGGUUUUGUACCCCGAAAACAUCGCCGAUCGGUGGCAAUUAAUCGCCGAUCAUGUACCCGGAAAAACAACCGAGGAUAUAAUCGCUCAUUACGAUGACCUCGUUCACGAUCUAUUGGAAAUUGAUUCGGGUCGGAUCGAACUCCCGGCCUAUACGGAUGAUCCGGUUGAAUCAAACAAGAAGAACAUUGAAAUUGAGAGGAAGAAGGGUACCCCUUGGACCGAAGAAGAACACCGGUUAUUCCUUAUUGGGCUGGAGAAAUACGGGAAGGGUGACUGGAGAAGCAUUUCAAGAAACGUAGUGGUAACAAGGACGCCAACACAAGUGGCAAGUCAUGCUCAAAAAUACUUCAUUAGACAGCAGGCAAUGAAGAAAGAACGAAAAAGGUCCAGCAUCCAUGAUAUUACAACUGCAGUGGAUACCAACCCAGUGCCUCCUCAAAGCAGCUUUCAAACUCAAAGAGGCAACUUUACCAUGUAGAGAAUGGGUGUACUCACGGGGAGAACAGUUAAUGAAAUGAAUCGCAAAUGGUUGAAGAACAGAAUGGCGUUCAAAUUAUUUUUUUUGGGUUGCCUUAAUUGUGAUGACGAAUUUAUACCAUGGUUCUUGCUGUCUUGUGUUACUAGUCUGUAUCUUUAUGGUAGUUUGGUGUUUUGUUUUUGUGCUAUUUUUCCGCCUCUAGGCUACAGAGCGGGUAAAUGAACCUGGAAAAUGGUUAGAGCUGUACAUAAAAUAUGAGUAAUAUCAGGAACAUUCAAUAUUCUCUCU